UGCAAUUUAAUCACAAAAGUGAACUUUGGAACAUUUCAGACCUGGCAUGGAAUGCAGCUAUUACACAAGUUAAUUGUACAUGAAAAUCCUCUGAUGACGGUUCAAGAUCCUUAUCUUUUUAAUUUGCCAGCAUUGAAAUAUUUAGACAUGGGAACAACACAAGUGACGUUUACAACACUUGAUAACAUUCUCAUGACAGCUCCUGAGUUAGGGAAACUUAUCUUACCUAACCGUUUGGCCUGCUGCCUCUGCCAAUUUAAAAAUAAUAUAGAGGCUGUUGCCAAGACGGUCAAACUGCAUUGUGAGACCGAAUGUGUGACCAACACACCGUGUGGACGUUACCUCCACUUCUCACCCUUAUCACCACCAGCAUUACUUUUAAUUCUUCUGAAAAUUCUUGUGUACCAGCUGCACAAUGGCACACUUGACCUUCACACAGUCAGAAUCUUGGGAUGGUUCCCCAAGUACAGCUGA